AUGAAGUUCCUUUUGACUUUGGUUUGCCUUGCUCUCUAUGUGGCCCACAGCCAGGCUCAAAAUGUUUGCGUUGGACGUCCUGUCUUCCAGGUUUGCACUGGCGGCCGUGAUGAGGGUAAUAAUAAUAUCUUCACCUGCCGUUUUACUGCAAUGAAUGAAAUGUGGUGGUACGAAUCUGGUGCCCGUAGAUGCAACAGAAUGAGCUACAGGGGUUGCGGUGGCAACAACAAUCGGUACUGUUCCCAGGCUGAUUGCCAACAGAAAUGCAGGCGUUAA